UGGUACCUAAUUGUGGUACCGAUCGUCGGCGCAGAACACCAAAAACUAUCACCACCAUGCUAACCCCUUCCCUAGCAUAAAAGCAUCAAGCUAAUCCCGAUUGUCUCCAUGAAGACUAUUCAAAUCCUUGCCGAAGGAAUCAGUGGCCUGGCGAGCGUGAUGUCAGUUGAUGACAAAAGCUUUGCGAAACUAAGUCAACAUACUGUUUGAAUACCAACGUAGGCAGAUAGCUUGCGAUGAGAGGUAAGAUAGAUUCAGUAUAAGUAGGACGUCAAUUCCUCUUUACAAGUCUCUUUCAUUCAGCAUCACCAUCAUCAACAACAACAACUCACCAUCACUAUCAUCAGCACCAUUAACCAAACUCUUUCACUCAAACAGCUUCAGCCCUUCAACCGAUUUCAGUCUUUGAAACAUACCAACAAACAAAAUGAAGGUCUCAAACAGCGUCAUUGCCACCAUCGCCUCUCAGGUGCUAGCCCUCCCCGUAAACGGGAUCCCUACCUUCAGCCAGGUCCCAGAAGUCGUCGCCGUAGCUCGAGCCACGACCCAGUCCUCAACCCCAGCCCCGCCCUUGCGCGACCAAGUCACCGCCCUCGACGCAGCCGGACUCAUCAACUGGCAAGAAGUGGAGGGUGGCGGACGCGCCGCUGUGCUCUCAUCGCAAUUUAGCGCGGUGCAACAGCGCGACGACGUGUACCACGACUUCCCGGCGCCAGCCAAGUUUCUCUCGAACGUGUGGAACUCGCUGCACGCCGACGUGGAGGUCGAGAACUACCACGGGCGGGCGCUGUGCCCCGGCGGCGGCAGCCACAUGUCCAAGGCGCUUGUGGACUCCAGCGCCAACUUCGCGUGCAACUACUUUGUCAAGCAGAGUGUCAUUGGGCAGCUGGGGCUGCAGGUCUGGCACGCGUAUGAGACGAAGGAUAACCAGGCGACGAGCGAUGGGCCUGGGUUUGUGAGAUGGCUCAUGGGAAGCGUAUCCAACAACCCGGUCCCAUUAACCGAGGAGUUCUGCUCGGACCUGUGGGAUGCUGUCAAGAGCAUGUGCACCACAAAAGGUACAACGGCCGACACCCAGGGACAGGCGGUGUCAGCGGGUGAUUGGGUCUUGUAUGCCGACCCUACCUCCAACAAGCACAACACUUAAGUUGAAAGGUUGUCGAGCUUCUCGAAUCAUGCUAUAAAUAUGGGUUGUUGUUAUCGUUGUUGUUAGGCGAUGGGAGUUUCUGUUGAAGAUGGGAGAGCUUUU